UUCUGGCUUUUAAGGCUACACGUACAGACAUCACACUGUGUUGUACAUUCUAAAUGAAGACUAAACCUUUAUAAAAUAUGAUGUUUUAGCUGUUUACAAAUGGUGAUUAAUUUAUAUUUAAAUAUUUUAUUACAUCAAUUAAACUCAGAUUUUAAAAAAAAAAGCUGAAUUGAAUUAACAUGCUAAUGUUUAUAUCAAAUCAGAAGGAAAUCAAGAUUAUCCUUUAGGAUGUGUGUACUAGUUAAUGUGUCAGAUUUGAGUCAAGUUAUUUUUCAACUAAUUUGGAUUAUCAUUGUGACUAAUACAUGUAUGAACAAGACUUUUGUUGUCGGUUUCAAAACGUGCAAAGAUAUGAUGGAAGAUAGUAAUGGGCUACAAAAUAAUGAAACAUUUGAAGAAGUAACAUUUUGUUUUACUGAUAUCCUCGUAAACAACGUAAAGGUCAUGAUAUUUCACAAUAAUACUGAGCUCCAUACAAAGAGUGACAAAGUAACAUUUAAUUGGAAAGAAAACAACAGUUAUCACUUCUUACAUAUUCAUAUUUAUAACAUCACAGAUUCCGACUUAACGGAAUGGAAACUUAUUUUACGAAAUAAAGAAAUUGAAACACAGUUGUAUGAAAAGAGUUUUAGAUUGUAUACAGAUUCACAAGUUCAAUUCCAUUCAACUAAAAGGACUGAUCAGAAUGAAUUAACUGAAGAGAUAAUUUGUAAAAGUUCAAAUUUUCCUAAAAAAAUCGAAAUCAUCAACCGAUGUGAGGAUAUCAAGUUGGAAACAAUUACAUAUAAUUCUAAAAAUUAUAAAAGGACGUUAGCGCUAAAGCUUGUUAGAAAUUCGAUUUAUCCUUCGGAAACACAUUUAGAUUUGGCAACUUAUGAAUGUAGAGUAUUGGAUUUUCAAAACAAAGUUACGUCAACAUUUUUGGAUGUACAUACAAAUGACGCAUCAGCAUUUUUCUGCCCCUUAAAAGACAAAUUAUUUAAAGCAAACGUCAAUGACACGGUUUAUAUUCGUUUCAAAGUGUUAGCUUAUCCAGAGAUUACAUCAAUAAUUGUAACCAAAUCUAAUAGGAGUCAAGAAGAAAAUUGGAGAGUUGAGAAAAAAAAGUUAUCCAAAGUACUUUGGUUUCUAGAUUUUACAAAAGACAUUCUACACGAAGAAGACUUUGGUAACUACACUGUCAAGGUCACAAAUAAUGUGGACACCCAUGCUGUUGAAAGCUUUGUAAUUAGUUUAAAAGAUUCACUACGAAAUAUUAAAAUAUCUUCAACUGACAACUGUACCGAUGAAACAUCAACAGUUUUCUACAGACUAAUCAAAUCAGGGCUGCCUCUUUCAGAAUCUCUUAAUAUAACCAUGCCUAUUCAAGCUAAAAUUGUACAAAAUUCCUUGGCCAGUGAAUAUCUGAUCAAAUUUUAUGUACGCAAUUGUACACAGUUUAUCGGGAAACAGAACAUGUUUCAAAUACUGGCUGGAUCUCAAAAUAUAAACAUUUCACUUAGCGUUAGCGACAAAUUAUACACUAUACCAACAUGUGCUGUAACAAAUCAAGAGACAACUUUAUUCACAAGUAUCGGAGAGAGUGUUACAUUUACUAUGUGUUUAAUAUCAGAGAAUUUAAUUGAAGAAGCCAAUGUAGGUUUUAAUAAUAAUACGAUACAAAAGUAUACCACAUCGAAAUAUUCUGUGAAAGUCGAGCGGGACCAAAAUCAAUAUAACAUAACAUGGACGAUAAACAAUAUAACAAGAGAGGACAUCAAGUUUUAUGACUUCAGAGUGAGAGACAAUUUAAAACGAACAACUACGUUUAUAGCAAAUUUAAAUUUAAAAGAAGGAAAUCCAUAUAUGUGUAACAAUACACCAAUAGUAAAGAAUGUCACAAAUAAGACAAUAUACGUUAUGUUUUGUAUUCGAUCUUAUCCAGUCCUGAGUCGAGCUAUUAUUAUUAAUGGCAUUUUGUACCGAAUCAACACAACUAAUGACGUCAUAGUGGAGUCUCAUGUUGACAAAGAAACAUUUUCAAAUUAUAUAGCGCUAACGAUUCCAGUCAUUGACAGUCUGAAGACAGUGAACAUUACAGUCAUGUCUGUCAAGAAUCUGACUUUUUCAUUUAUUGUUAACAUGGAUCAAACUGAUGAAAUUGCUAGAACGUUAACAACAUUGACAAGUAUCACAUCAAAAACGAGCAAUACGACAACUGCUUUUCAAGAGCCGUUGGAGACACCAAGGGUUGAGUACGACGAAGAAAAGAGUUCCAAUACUAACAUUAUCAUUAUCUCCGUUCUUGUUGCGGCUAUUACCAUCUCUGUAAUUGCUCUACUUGUCUAUUUCAUUUACUUCAAACGCACACUAGUCAAAAGGAGAACAUCAUUCAAAUCAAGAUCAAGACUAAAAUACCUCAAUCAACCUCAUUAUAAUAAUAUGGAAGAGUUAAAGUGCCUAAAAGUGGACAAAGAUCAAAACUUGUCCAACUAUGAAACAAGAUAUGCGAACAUAGUCAAGGAACGUAAUGUAGAUCAAGUUGUUCAGAAUGGAACUCGAAAUACAGAGAUGGCUCCAGGUCGCUUCAGAAAUGAGGAGGGCUUGAUCUACAUCACCAUUGACCAUAGUGACCUACAGAGUAGAUCUUCUAAGUCCAUCUCAAAAGCCUCACAGUCAGAAACUGAGAGUAAUUACGUCACGAUAGACCCUUUCAAAACCAAACAUUUCAAGUAAAACUGUAAGCCAUGACACACACAGACACACUCACAAAAUGAUGGUCGAGAAUGACAUAGAAGGACUGGAUCUAAUAAAAUUUUUUCGCAUCACUUUUGCUGACUAGGCCGUGGGAGAGUUCUCUUCAACAAGUGGUUUCCGGUACUUCUGUGAUUAUAGUCGCACUACUCUCAGAGCAAGAAAUAGUAGCACAGCAUCUACUGAACGGACGGAAUAGCGAGCCGGGAUUUCUAGCGCUCAGCUAGCCUAGUCUUAAGUUAGUCUCACAAAAAAUGUAUAAUAAGGAUUUUUUUUAUAUACUAAAUCAGCAUUAUGGAUUAUCUUUCUUGAAUUAUUCACGAGUUUUAAGAUGUCAUUAACAUUCUUCAAGCAAUACAAGGGAGAAAAAGUGAAAUGUUGAAAUGCUUGGUUGUUAAAGUGAAAAAUGUGAAGAGAAAAAAAAACCUGAACAUUCGGCGAGAGAUUGAAAUUGAAUGCAAACACUACCAAAAAUGCUAUUAUAAAAACAAUCAUUGCUGCCAACUAAAAAAAAAAAAUAUUGUAUAAAACAUUUAAAAGAGUUAAGAAAUUUAAUUCUGCGAUGCUAAAAAAGACACACAAAUUCUAAUUUGUUUUUCAACAUACAUAGCUGAUAAAUGCUUCCGUAAAAGUUCCGUACUUUGUACACCGAAUACCCUGGAAAAUUUUCCUAUACAAUUAUGUCUUGUUAUCAUAUUUUAUAAAUAUUGUUGUUAAAUUCCCUUUAUACUGUAAACACAUUUGGUAUGCAGGCCUAGUGUUACUUUAUAUUUUAAUUACUAGCAGUCAUCAGAUCAAGAAAUCAAACCACGAAUGUUGGCACUACAUAGAAUUAUUUAUGAUUAAGAGUAAAAUCUAUUUAAUCGAUUGCUUAAUUAUUAUAUGUUUUUUACUUUGUCAUGCUUAACAUUUCAAGAUAUGAAGAUAUGGUACAUAUUAUUUUUUAAUGCUGACCCGUGUUUGUAAACAUUUUAGUCUCUAAGUGGUGUGGGUCUCUUUGCAUAAUCAAAACUUUUGUACAUAAUAUAACAUUCAUACGAAACUAAACCAUGUUUUUAUAUUUGUACGAAGUCUCAGGUAUGUAUUUAUGUUUAAGCAAGUGUACAAUGUAUACUACAAACUAUAUACAAUUUGUUAAUGAUUCUUCCAAAGACAUGUGUUAAUGUACAAUUAAAUUCUUGUACUGAACUACGCCCAUGUUUAGAUUUCACCGUUAUGAAAUGUGUAAAUGCUUGUAUUGUUUAUGUACAGGGGCAAUUAUCAAAUGUUAUAAAUUUAUUAUAUUAAAGUGAUGAAAUUAAUAUCAA